GGAUACUCGCUGCGUUGCCUGCCGCGCAUGUGUCUCUUACGUUAAGAAGAAGAAGUCGGCUUCCGUGUGACGACAUUAAUGGUGCGCCGGGAGUUCUCUGCGCGUGCGUGGGUGAACGUUGAGCCCCUUUCCCCUGCCGCGAAGAUGUCUGCGCGGGUGAAGCGGGAGCGGGAUUCCCGCCUGGUGCCUUUGCGGAGCUCGCUUUCCAGCCGCGCUCAGCAAGACACCGGCGGGGAGGGCGGCGUGUCUCGAGGCGUGUCUCGAGGCCUGGGAGCGGACCCCGUGCAAGUGAAGCGGGAGCCCGUCGACGAGGAGCCCAGAAUCAAGCAGGAGCCCGUCGACGAGGACGACGAGGAGCCCACCGUGAAGUAUGGUCGAUUUGACCCAGAAGACCGACGAAGCAGGCACUGCCCUUACUUGGACACCAUAAACAAGAGCGUUCUGGACUUUGACUUUGAGAAGCUGUGUUCAAUCUCACUCUCGCAUAUCAACGUCUAUGCUUGCUUGGUGUGUGGAAAAUAUUUCCAGGGUCGGGGCUUGAAAUCCCAUGCUUAUAUUCACAGUGUACAAUUCAGCCAUCACGUCUUCCUCAAUCUUCACACCCUGAAGUUCUAUUGUUUGCCAGACAACUAUGAAAUCAUUGACUCUUCUCUUGAAGAUAUCACUUAUGUUCUGAAGCCCACCUUCACCAAGCAACACAUAGCCAACUUGGAUAAGCAGGCCAAGCUCUCUCGAGCCUAUGAUGGCACCACAUACCUGCCGGGCAUCGUGGGACUGAACAACAUCAAAGCGAAUGACUAUGCUAAUGCAGUUCUCCAGGCACUAUCUAAUGUCCCACCACUGCGGAAUUAUUUUCUGGAGGAGGAGAACUACAAAAACAUCAAGCGCCCUCCAGGAGACAUCAUGUUUCUGCUCGUUCAGAGGUUUGGAGAGCUCAUGAGAAAGCUGUGGAAUCCGCGGAAUUUCAAAGCUCACGUCUCUCCCCAUGAAAUGCUGCAGGCCGUGGUUCUCUGCAGCAAGAAGAACUUCCAGAUCACUAAGCAAGGUGACGCAGUUGAAUUUCUUUCCUGGUUCUUGAAUGCCUUGCACUCUGCUCUUGGUGGGACAAAGAAGAAGAAAAAGAGUAAGGAAGAGAUGUUAAUGCCUCUGCGGUACCUUGUAUGCUGCGUUUCUGCCAUUGUGACGGACGUCUUCCAGGGGUCCAUGCGGAUAUUCACCAAGAAAUUGCCACACCCUGAUCUGCCAGCGGAGGAGAAGGAGCAGUUGCUCCAGAAUGACGAAUACCAGGAGAAAAUGGUGGAGUCUACCUUCAUGUACCUAACCCUGGACCUCCCCACAGCCCCCCUGUACAAGGAUGAGAAGGAGCAACUCAUCAUUCCACAAGUGCCACUUUUCAACAUCCUGGCCAAGUUCAACGGAAUUACAGAGAAGGAAUAUAAAACCUACAAGGAGAACUUCCUAAAGCGCUUCCAGCUUACCAAGCUGCCUCCUUACCUCAUCUUCUGCAUCAAGAGGUUCACCAAGAACAAUUUCUUUGUGGAGAAAAACCCCACUAUUGUCAACUUCCCCAUCACGAAUGUGGAUCUCCGGGAAUACCUGUCUGAGGAAGUGCAGGCUGUACAUAAGAACACAACCUAUGACCUCAUCGCAAACAUAGUGCAUGAUGGGAAGCCAGCUGAAGGGGCCUACAGGAUACAUGUAUUGCACCAUGGCACAGGCAAGUGGUAUGAGCUGCAAGAUUUGCAGGUAACAGAUAUUCUGCCCCAGAUGAUCACACUCUCCGAAGCUUACAUUCAGAUAUGGAAAAGAAGAGACAGCAAAGAAGAGACCAACCGGCAAGGGGCUUAAAAAAAGAAAGUGGGAGCCAGAGGAGGACACAGAGGGCAGGAUGCUGCGAGUUGAGAAUGCCAAACAUGGGCUAUUGGGGGUUGCUUGUCAGGAGGGCACCCCUUUAGAUGCUGCCAGCUUCAUGUUGUUGGUUCUGUCCGUUAAGGAACCCAGACGAGCAAAUGGAUUCCUUGCUGCCACUUUAGUCUUGGCAGUAUUCUUGUGGGAGAACUGCUUGGAAGAUGGCAGUGCAAGAGUAUCUUCUCUGGGCAUAGCUGAAUCCGACCCCAUUUCACUGUUCUACAAGCCUACCUGGCGAAGACUUCUUGCAAGAACUUCUAGAAACUUUUUGCAGGGAGAGAGACAAGAGGCUUUUCCCUUGUAUUUUGCUUGACACUUCGCCUUCCGUGUCUGUGUGCAUUAAAUGUGUGUACUUGGUUUUCUAA